UCAACUAAACACUUCUCUCACUCUUCCUCUUCUUCUCCCGCGACACUCUCCUCCACUGCCUCUCUCUCUCUUUCUCUCUCUCUCUCUCUCUCUCUCUAACGUGGUGAGAAUUGGGGCUAGGGUUUGAUUUCAUUCCCAAUUCGAAAAAUGGCCUCCACUUCUAUCUCUACCUGCACUUUACCUGAACCUUCUACCUUUCUCCGCCCACACUACACUCGAAAACUCCUCCGAGUUUCUCUCUCUAGAAUUCCUCUCUCCAAGCGCAGUAAAUCUACUCUGCUGUUCCGUGCUCGAGUUCAGAGAGAGGAAUUUGUAGUCGAAGAGAGAGAGAGUGAAGUUAACGGUAUUAACCUGAAUGGGAAUGGUAAUGGUAGUGGAAGUAGUUAUGGUUAUAAUGGAGGUGUUGGAGUGAUUGAGAGCGGUAAUGGAGCGGUUAAUGGGAGGUUAGUGAAGUACGUUAAUGGAAACGGUGCGGCUGCGCCGAGGAUUGAUGAGAAGGUUUUGGAAUCGAAGGAGGAGGAGGUUCGGGGUAAGAAAACUAUAGAGGAGAUUGGGCAGGAGGAGGCUUGGUUUAAGAGUAAGGGAAAAGAACAAGUAGAGGUGUCUGUUGCUCCUGGGGGCCGUUGGAAUAGAUUCAAAACCUAUUCAACCAUACAAAGGACUUUGGAAAUUUGGGGUUUUGUUAUCUCUUUCAUCUUCAAGGCUUGGUUGAACAAUCAGAAAUUUUCUUAUCGAGGUGGAAUAACCGAGGGGAAGAAGGUUCAAAGGAGGAAAGCCCUUGCCAAAUGGUUGAAGGAAAAUAUUUUGAGAUUAGGUCCUACAUUUAUUAAAAUUGGCCAGCAGUUCUCCACAAGGGUGGACAUUCUUGCUCAAGAAUAUGUUGAUCAGUUAUCAGAACUUCAGGAUCAAGUUCCCCCUUUCCCAUCCGACACUGCUAUAUCCAUAGUUGAAGAGGAGCUUGGAGCCCCCUUAAAUAAUAUUUUUGAGCGGUUUGAUUACGAGCCCAUAGCUGCUGCUAGUCUUGGUCAGGUUCACCGUGCAAAAUUGAAGGGGAAGGAAGUUGUUGUUAAAGUACAAAGGCCCGGUCUCAAGGAUCUUUUUGAUAUUGAUCUAAAAAACCUGAGGGUCAUAGCAGAAUACCUUCAGAAGGUUGACCCCAAAUCAGAUGGUGCAAAGAGGGAUUGGGUUGCUAUCUACGAUGAGUGUGCAAAUGUGUUAUACCAGGAGAUCGAUUACACCAAGGAAGCUGCCAAUGCAGAACUAUUUGCAGAGAACUUCAGAAACAUGGAUUAUGUGAAAGUACCAACAAUAUCAUGGGAAUACACCACACCACAGGUUCUCACGAUGGAGUAUGUCCCAGGGAUCAAAAUAAACAGAAUACAAGCAUUAGAUCAGUUGGGUGUUGAUCGUCAGAGGUUGAGCCGGUAUGCUGUUGAGUCUUACUUGGAGCAGAUUCUGUCUCAUGGUUUCUUCCAUGCUGAUCCGCAUCCUGGUAAUAUAGCUGUUGAUGAUGUCAAUGGUGGAAGACUGAUCUUUUAUGAUUUUGGAAUGAUGGGAAGUAUCAGCCCCAACAUCAGAGAGGGGCUGCUGGAUGUAUUCUACGGUGUUUAUGAGAAGGAUCCAAACAAGGUUCUUCAAGCAAUGAUUCAGAUGGGUGUUCUUGUGCCUACAGGGGAUAUGACAGCUGUCAGACGAACAGCACAGUUCUUCCUUAAUAGCUUUGAAGAGCGUCUAGCAGCACAAAGAAAAGAGAGAGAGAUGGCAACAGCAGAACUUGGAUUUAAAAAGCCACUGAGCAAGGAGGAAAGAAUAGAGAAAAAGAAGCAGCGCUUAGCCGCAAUAGGAGAAGAUUUAUUGGCAAUCGCUGCAGAUCAACCCUUCAGAUUUCCUGCAACAUUUACCUUUGUUGUGAGAGCUUUUUCAGUGUUGGAUGGCAUCGGGAAAGGCCUUGACCCUCGUUUUGAUAUUACUGAGAUUGCUAAACCUUAUGCUCUAGAAUUGCUAAGGUUUCGCGAAGCUGGCGUUGAAGUUGUCUUAAAGGACUUCAGGAAGAGAUGGGACCGCCAGUCCCGUGCUUUUUACAACUUAUUCAGACAGGCCGAUAGAGUUGAAAGGCUUGUUGAAAUUAUCCAACGAUUGGAGCAAGGUGAUUUGAAGCUCAGAGUUCGAGCUUUGGAGUCAGAGAGGGCUUUCCAACGUGUCGCAGCUGUACAAAAGACAAUAGGAAGUGCAGUAGCUGCUGGAACCCUAAUAAACCUUGGAACAAUUUUAUACGUCAAUGCGAUCCGGGUUCCUUCUAUCGUGGCAUAUACACUCUGUGCUUUUUUUGGCUUCCAAGUACUUUUUGGCAUUUUCAAGGUUAAGAAGUUAGAUCAACAGGAGAGGUUGAUAACGGGAACUGCUUAAGUUUUUUGAAACGGCAACUGCAUAAGUUAAUAAUGUGCAGUACUCUUUUGCUUCGGUUAUGCUGCAAUUGCAGAUAUAGAGGAGAGACCAUCUCGUUACACAUUAGCUGAAGAGCUUGAUUCAAAAUUCUCCGGACUUGAUGCAGGCCAAUACUUCCAACUCCAAAGAUAUAAAUUAAGCCUUUAUAUCUGGUCUGCAAUGUUAUAUAUAGUAAAAGUAUCAUCUUUAUUUUCUAAUCUGGAUAUGCGUAUAUGUUAGGCUAGAUGAUCUUUUCAACCCUAAUGACCUUUGCACGGGUAUAUUCGCAGAAUGAGUUAUCUCUUCUUGUAUUUCUUUUUCUUUUUUUUUUUCCUUUUUGUACUGAGCUGGUCAUUUUCUUUGUUAGAGUCCUAUUGUAGAUAAUUCACUGUAAAUUCCUAUGUCAUGCCGGUUUUUUAUGGCUUCCAACCUGCUUUGAGGGGGUUCGAUGCUUGUAAACUGUACAAUAGGUUUCGGGGGAAACUGUAUGUAAUCAUAAAUUGAACUCUGGGGAAUGUUUUGAUGAAACAAUUGUUUAUUCUCCAUGCA